GGCCCGGCCGAUCCUGCGCCCACCACCUGCCCUGCCCCUCCUGCCCGUGCCCGACCUGCCCGGCGCCUCUCUACCCUCCGGCCUCCUCCUCCAGGAAAAGUCUCCUCCUUUCCUCUCCCUCCCUCCCGUUGCAGCCAUGGAGUUGGAGUUGGCCUAGUUGAGCACUAGCAGCCUCCUUGAAACCCCCAGAUCUGUGCCUCCCAGACCCCUGUUCCGUUCCUCGGCAAACAAGGGGGGGCACAGCACAGAAAUCUCUCACACUGCCUGCUUUAGCUUUGGCUUUGGCCGGCCGGCCUUGGGAAACCGUCCAGAUGGACACCGUGACGCCCGCGCCCGCCGCCGCCGUACACGCCUGCGCCGGCGAAGCCGUCGUCAUGGAGAACCUGCUGCUCGCCGCCACCGCCGCAGCCGAGGGUUCAAUCUGUGGCAUGCCUGACUUCAAGAUGUGUGGAAAGAAGAGUGAUGAGCUUGAACCUGUUGAUGCUGGCGAUGAAGAUGAUGGUGAUGACAAUGGGGACGAGGACGGUGAUUUUGGGGAGGGUGAAGAGGACAUCUCAGAAGGGGAGGGAUAUGACAACCCAAAGGGCAAUGAGAACAAGAAGAAACAAAGAGGUGAUGCUGAGGAAAAUGGUGAGGAAGAUGAGGAAGAUCCCGAAGACCAGGAGGGUGGUGGCGGCGAUGACGAUGACGACGAUGACGAUGACAAUGGGGAUGAUGAGGACGACGACAAUGGGGAUGACAAUGGGGAUGACGAGGAGGAGGAUGGUGUAGAUGAGGAGGAAGACGACGACCAGGAUGAGGACGAGGAGGAAGAUGAUGAUGAAGACUCACUCCAGCCCCCAAAGAAGAGGAAGAAGUGAAGAUCUUCGCUCCGGCUUUAGUUACCAUGUGCUGAGUUCUGGCUCGCUUUUCGUCAUAUCCUCGCAUUUGAACUUUCCCUUAGAGAGUUAAGAAGGGCUUGUAGGAGCUUUAUGAUUUGAUGAGGCAAUUAGGGAGAACUCUAUGUCAUUGUUGCUUGCUUCUGUGGAGUCGAACAGAUGUUUCGCUAACAUAAUUCAACCUGAGUGAUGAAAGCCUCGAGAUUGAAUAUGCCAUAUCUUUUAUCACGUAUGGAAUCAAUGGCUGAUCACGUUCCUUCAA